CAUUUUCCAAUUUUCAGUUAUCUUCAUUUCAAUAAGGGUUUCCUCGGUUUGUGUUGUUGCAACAAGAAAAAAAAAAAUGAUAGGGGACUUCCUUACUCGGUUACUUAUCCUCAUCUUCGGGUAUGCAUACCCUGGAUUCGAAUGCUAUAAAACAGUGGAGAAAAAUAAGGUUGACAUUGAAGAACUUCGAUUCUGGUGUAAAUACUGGACCAUUGUGGCACUUUACACAAUCAUAGAGAAGUUUGUAGACAUAUUUUUUGGAUGGUUGCCAUUCUAUGGAGAGGCAAAGAUUUUUAUGUUCGUCUACCUUUGGAAUAACAAAACCAAGGGAACAACUGUUAUUUAUGAAACAAUAUUGAAGCCUAUUAUAUCAAGGCAUGAGAGUGACAUAGACAGAAAAAUACUAGAACUUAAGGCAAGGGCAAAGGACUAUAUCGUCUUUUACUGGCAAAUUGCAGCACAAUAUGGAAGUGGUGCUUUUGUUCAGGCUCUUCAAUAUGUGGCUUCUCAAUCCGUUAGAAUGACUGCUAAUCCUCCUGCCGCCACUAAUAAUCAGAAAAAGGAAGAUCAACAAGAAGUGCCUAUAUCAACACAACCAACACCAAUUAAUAAGUUGAAGCAAAUUCCUUCUCUAAGCAAGACUAAGAAAUGGCCACCAAGCCCGCCGUCGUCGCCGAGUGCGACCACAAUCAUCCACCGGGGGACUCCUAAGUCCCGAGCCAAUAACACGGAGGUCGAUGACGAGGGCGAGUCCUUCGGCAUGGAUGAUACUAGUGUGAGGGAAAGAAUCAACAAAGCUCGUGCAAGGCUAAGAAGGUUAGAAGGCUCACAACAAAGUCCUCGUACCCCACGAACACCAUUUCGUGAUCAAGAAUAAGCAAGGUUGUGUAGGUCAAAGUCACCUUAUUCCCUGUUUUUAGAAAAAAAAAUUAUAAAAAAAAUGGGGAAAUU